GGAGACCAGUUAUCUCAGUUUGAGCUUCAGAAAGGAAGGAAGGAAGGAUGAGCCGCAGAAGAGGUCGAGGAGGAGGAUUUCUCUCCAUGUUUCUUGUCUUGGGUCUAAUAUGGACCCAGCUGCUGGUCACAGAAUCGUCCUCUGGCGACCACGAGCUUCGUCUCUUCCCUUCUCGUCGCUCCAGUCGUCUCCCUCCACCCCGCCACCCGCAGCAUGAUGUGGACGACCUUCCCGAGUCUCACCACCUCCACCUCCAUCAUCAUCAUCGUCAUCAUCUUCAUCACCUCCACCGCGAGCUUCCUACCAGGUUUGCCAAAGUGAUGCCGGCCGCCCUCUUGGAGUCUCAGUUCCGUCCGGAGCCCGGCGCCCAGCGAACCCUUAACCUGCUGGCACGACCGCAUCACCAGGUGCGGCCGGAGCACGCCGUGGUGUCCGCACGCCAUCUAGUUACCGUGUACCUGGCUGUGGAUGUGAGGAGGCUGAACGUCAGUCUUCUUCGGUGGUUUCGGGAAGGCGUAGCGGCAGCGCUGGGCGUUCCUGCAGGACACGUGCACAUCAACCGGCUGAAUGAGAAGAAGAAUGGCAUCGAGCUCUUCGUGUCCUCUGAUAGGCUGGGGAUCUCCGAGCCUCGCCCCGCUGAAGAGGUCAUCCAAUCACUGAACGUCAGGGUCCUCCACCGCCACCUGGGACACUUCGGCAUCACCGAGGUCUCGACUGAGAAGAACGUCCUGCAGGGCGAGCAGAGGGAUCACGUGUGGAGCAGGGAAGGGUUUUACGCCGUUGUCCUCUUCUUCACUGUCUUCGUCAUCGUCAUCACCUGCUUCAUGGUUUUGUACCGACUUAAGGAGAAGGUUCAGGUUUCUGACAGACAGCUGAAGGCUCCGCCCCCUGACCUCCACCUGACCCCGACUGUCCAAUCAGACACAGUCCAGAGGUCAAAGGGAACCAAGGUUGUGACGUCAGGAAGCAUGGUCCAAGCUGAGCUCCCUCCAGCUGUAGCCACGCCCAUUCACCAACAGCAGCCAAUCGUAGCCUGCCGCCGCCUCGCUCCUCCUGUCGUCCCUCUGCCCAGCCCCGCUCCUGCCCCCGUCGUCAGUAGCAACGGCCACGCCCUCCUGGCCAGCGUUGCCCCGGUGACAACCAUUAACGAGCUAAAGCCCUGCCCCUCCCCCUUCAGGAUGAAACCCGCUGCAGGACUGCAAGAAAGACGUGGCUCUAACGUCUCUCUGGUGUUGGACAUGUCGGCUCUCGGCUCGGUGGAGCCCCUCAACGUUGCCGCCGUGGUAACCCCCAGAGAGGCGGCAGCUAGGGAGUACCUGCUGGCGGCCGGCCGACCUCUGACGCGACAACAGCUCCGCGACGUCGUCAACAACACACACAAGCUGCACACCGAGUUCGCUGAAAUUCCCAUGAACUUCAUUGAUCCCAAAGAGCUCGAUAUUCCAAACCACGGGACCAAGAACAGAUACAAGACCAUACUGCCCAACCCUCAUUCCAGAGUGAUCCUGAAGGCGAAGAGCUGCAACGACCUGCUAAGCUCCUACAUCAACGCCAACUACAUACGGGGUUACCUUGGCGAGGAGAAGGCGUUCAUCGCCACCCAGGGUCCCAUGGUGAACACGGUGAACGACUUCUGGCAGAUGGCCUGGCAGGAGGAGGCGUCCGUCAUCGUCAUGAUCACCAAACUGAAGGAGAAGAACGAGAAGUGUGUCCUGUACUGGCCGGAGAAGAGGGGGAUCUAUGGGAAGGUUGAAGUGUUGGUCAACAGCAUCAGAGAGUGUGAACACUACACCACUCGCAGCCUCACACUCAAGUGUGGGAAUCAAACCCGCGUGCUGCAGCAUUACUGGUACACCUCAUGGCCCGACCACAAAACCCCCGACUCAACGAUGCCGCUGCUGCAGCUGAUGGCCGACGUGGAGACUGACAGACGGACGGCUGCCGUCAUGGGACCGGUCAUCGUCCACUGCAGUGCCGGGAUUGGCCGGACAGGCUGCUUCAUCGCCACGACGAUAGGCUGUCGACAGCUGCAGCUGGAGGGAGUGGUGGAUGUGCUGAGCAUCACCUGCCACCUCCGAGCCGACAGAGGAGGUAUGAUCCAGACAGGUGAGCAGUACGAGUUCGUCCAUCACGCCUUGAGCCUGUACGAGGCCCGCCUAUCUGCAGAAACUGGCCAAUGAGAGUGCACCACCCACCCAGGAGGCGUCGACUUAAACCUGGAAGUGAGCUAACACAGCGAAGUCCUUAACGCAGGUAUGAUCUCCGAGAUUAGGGAGCUGUGGAGGACGUCUUUUAGUUUGACGGACAACCAAUGAGGACUGCUGUGGGCGGAGCCUGCUGAAGGAAAGAGGAAAGGUACAUUUCUGAAAAUGGAAUAUAUACGUUCUUCUUCUUCUUCUUCUCUGCUGUUUCUUCUUCACGUGUUGUUGGCGAGUGGUUCUUCAGAGGAAAGACUCUCUUCACUUCUGACUGUUGGAUCGUGUUUUUAGCUAACCAGACUGUCCUGUUACCUCUUUUCUGUCAUGGAGACGUAGAAAUAGUUUGAUUGAAAUCGAUGGUACAUUGUUCAAUAACACUGUUGUGUUUCUGUGUCUUAUAGGAUUUUAAAAUUAUUUUGUAUCGUGGUGUUCUUCUAAGAAAGGCUAUUGGAAAAAUGACUGUUAGCUGGUUGCACUGUUGAACCAACCCUUCCAGCCUCGCUGCUUGUGACAUCCGCACUCCGUACGUUACUCCAUGACUCAGUCACCGACUACCUACGCAAAUCUUUUUAAUGUUUACGUGUUGUCCAGGAGCGUGAUGUAUCUUCAUGCUUAUUUUCCUGAUCUCACAGAUCAAAACUUCAUUUUAAACUUCUCAGAGAUACUAAAUAUGUUUAUAAACUUUCAGCUCAUGUAACCUGAAAUGUUAACUUGCUAACUAGCAAACACAUUAAUUUUUAAUGUUUAUAUGGUAACGCUACUUUCUGACAUGUUUUCAAGUGGGCUAUUAUCCUUAACCAGACACUAGUAAACUAAUAAACCUAUAUUUAGGUGCAUUUUUAAGUAUCACAUUAGAAAAGGUGUAUGGAAAUGGCUUCCUCAAUUGCUCAAAAAAGUUUUUUUACGCUCGCUUGAGGUGGUUUUUUAGCUUCGUCGAAAAACUGGAUGCACUAAAUGAAUUCUUACGUAGCGAACAUUUAACUCACAUGACUGAUCAGCUGUUUCCGUUAACGGUGUCUUCUCGGAUAUUCCGAUAACGUGCAAAUGCUCGUCUUCGUAUUCGGACAAUAUCAAACAUGGCUAAUACUAGCUGACAACUAUUUAAACUUUAAUCAAAUUAAGCAAAUUCCUGAAGACCUCUCUCCAUUUUUUUCUUGUAGAUUGUUAGAUGGUCAAGCCGACUUGUUUUGUUUCCGGUUUGCAACCUACUCUGUUUACUGGCGGAUUACUGCCAUGCGUAAAGCGUAGCCUAUACCGCCAACUUCUGACGGAACUAAGCUUUGCGUAGCUGAGUUUAUUCGCUUCACACCAGCUGAUGGAAAUACGCCUAAUUCGCAUUUCUUUUUUGCGACAUUUCAAAAGUUUGCUUAAAACUGUUGAGUAGGUGAGCUAAUACACUGGUUAGCUAGCUAGCAAACUGACGUCUAAACACCCAUUUCAUUGUUAAAGCUGCAGUAGGCAGUAUAUUUUUGGCAUCAUUGGGCAAAAGUUCCAUAAUAACCUUUCAGCAUAUUGUAAUUCAAGAGUUCUGAGAGAAAACUAGACUUCUGCUCCUCCUCAUGGCUCU